AUGUCAGUAAUAGUUCAGUUUAAGGAAGAAAUUUCUAAGCGCUUCAAGUCCCGUACCGAUCAGCUUGUACUCAUAUUUGCUGGAAAAAUAUUGAAAGAUCAAGAUACUUUGACUCAGCAUGGGAUUCAUGAUGGACUCACUGUUCACCUGGUUAUCAAAACACAAAACAGAUCACAAGACCACCAAGCUCAGCAAACACACAGCAGCGGGAGUACCGCUACCACAUCAGCAUCAAGCAGUAGUACCUCAACACCAACUUCAACAAAUAGUAACCCUUUUGGCUUGGGUGGCCUUGGAGGUUUGGCAGGCCUGAGUAGCCUGGGCUUAAAUACAUCAAGCUUUUCAGAAUUGCAAAGUCAGAUGCAACGACAACUCAUGUCCAACCCAGAAAUGAUGGUUCAGAUAAUGGAAAAUCCAUUUAUUCAGAAUGUGCUUUCAAAUCCUGACCUGAUGAGGCAGUUAAUUAUGGCUAACCCUCAAAUGCAGCAACUGAUACAGAGAAAUCCAGAAAUUGGACAUAUGCUGAAUAAUCCGGAUAUAAUGAGGCAGACAAUAGAACUUGCUAGAAACCCUGCAAUGAUGCAGGAAAUGAUGCGAAACCAAGACCGAGCCUUGAGCAACCUUGAAAGUAUACCAGGUGGAUACAAUGCUUUGCGACGUAUGUAUACAGAUAUUCAGGAGCCAAUGUUGAAUGCAGCGCAGGAACAGUUUGGAGGUAAUCCAUUUGCUUCUUUAGUAAGCAAUGCAUCGUCAGGAGGGGACAGUCAGCCAUCUCGUACAGAAAAUAGAGAUCCAUUACCAAAUCCCUGGGCUCCUCAGUCCAGUUCUCAGAGUUCUACUACAAGUACCAGCACAAGUGGUGAGAACACUGACAGUACUAACGUUGGAAAUAAUACUUCUGGCAGUACAGGACAGAGCUCAACCAUACCAAAUUUGGGACCUGGACUAGGAGCUGGUAUGUUCAACACACCAGGAAUGCAGAGCUUGUUGCAACAGAUAACUGAAAACCCACAACUUAUGCAGAAUAUGUUGUCAGCACCCUAUAUGAGAAGCAUGAUGCAGUCAUUAAGCCAGAAUCCUGAUCUUGCAGUACAGAUGAUGUUGAAUAAUCCUUUAUUUGCUGGAAAUCCUCAGCUUCAGGAGCAAAUGAGACAACAGCUUCCUACUUUCCUUCAGCAAAUGCAGAAUCCUGACACCUUAUCAGCUAUGUCAAACCCAAGAGCAAUGCAGGCUUUACUACAGAUUCAGCAGGGUUUGCAGACUCUGGCAACAGAGGCACCGGGACUUAUACCAGGAUUUAAUCCCGGUUUUGGUGGACUGGGAAGCACUGGAGCUCCUACAGGGUCCAAUGUACCUAGUUCUGUUUCCAGUGGCAGUACAAAUCCAACUUCAGGACCUGCUGAACCCAGUCACCAGCAGUUUGUCCAGCAGAUGUUGCAGGCGCUUGCUGGUGCAAAUGCUCAGUUCCAAAAUACAGAAGUUAAUGUAUAGAGAUUUUAAUUCGGA